GCCACGUACAUCCGAUCUGAAGAGUGUCUGGAUCGUGAUAUUUGACGCUAAACAGUAACAGCGGGUUGUUUUUUAAUUCCGAAUUGUGAUAAGAGUGAUUAAGUGUCUGUAAUCCAUGUGGACCACUUGCUGCGCGUUCGAUGAAAGUUUUUAUUCUGGCGGCCGGUCGCGGCACGCAUUGAACCAUGUUCAGCAAAAAACUUCACGUAGACGUCAAAAAGUCAACGCACAAGAUCCAGGACGUUAAAAAAGACAGUGCCACGAGAUUCAAGCAUCUAAAAAUCGUUUUGGAGAAUGUGGACACAGAUGAAGCGAAAGGGUUCUUUGAAGGAAACUUCAGCCAUAUUUACUUCAUUCUCUACGACUGUUUCGUGUCAGCAGAAGCAAAUCUACGUCAACGUGAACUUUCCUUCCAUCUUGUGCACAAGGCACACAGGGAAGAGUUAGAACAAGUUCUGCAGCUUCUGGAAAAAGUUUUGACUCUUCUCCCAGAGCUGCUGAACAGAAGAUGGCAGUGUCACAGUCUAGCGAGAAUUUUGCACAAAUUGUUGCACCCAGGCAACAGUUGGAAACUUCGCAGGCAGGCUAUAAGGUACUUUGUCUUGUGGUACCAAGCACUAGGAGACAAUGCUCCAGAGCACAUCCAUCAAAUGUUUGCUUGCCUAGUGCCUGGAUUCCCUCCACGACAACCUUCACCCUUCAAGUCAGAGAGAAAAGCGGAUGGAAAAAAUUCUCGCACAAAAACAACGAGCUGCGAUGAGAAGGACAAAAGAGACUUUUAUGAUACGCAACUCAAUCAGAGUCUAUUUCAUGACGGAGGUUCUAAUCAUGGACCGAUCAGUCAAGUCGAUGGUGGUCCAAUUUUACCACCUCAGAGUGGAGAGAAACCUCUUGAUAACGAAACUGUUAGAUUUUUGGAAGCUUUGCUCGAAUUUAUGGUGACUCAGGUAGUAAAGGUAGAAUGGAGAGAUAAGCACACUCGGCAGUACAAAUCCUUUCAGUUUUUGCUGGAGCGAUUUAAAGGUACUUAUCUUCGUCAUAUUUGUCCGGAGUUCAAUGACAAUUCCUCUCUCUACAAGCCUAACCUAGAAAUGCCCAUGAUGCGAAAACCAACCAAUCAGAAUGAUAACUACGUUCUUUGCAAGGUGGCUCUUAUCAAGUGGAUUGCAAGCUACACUCAUGUUAUGAAAAAAGAUGGUCCUUUCGCUCAACUUUCUCAAAGUUCAACGUCCAACGAUGAAGGCACCGAGCCGGACUUACGUAGGGUCCCGGUCCAUCAAAAUUCGGUCGACUCGAAUUUACUCUCCCCUGAAUCGAACCCGAGUCAACACGAAAGCCUGGGUCAGGAGGACAGUGCCUUAUCGGCAGUAGUCUUAGUGCGAGAAGUUUUAUAUGGUAAUCGUGACAACGUGAAUUUUAUUCACGAAUUGUACAGGCAGGCAUUUUUACUGGACUUCACACACGCCGGAGCUAUUCGGAAGGCGAUUGGCGCUUACAAAGACUGGAUACAAAUGAACGAGAUUCCACCUUUCAUGUUGGAACCACUAGAUGGACACAAGGAAAGAGAUUCAGAAGACUGUCAAAGAAAAGAAGAUGCUGACAAAAGUCCUCAAGAGUAUCAGAGGCAAAAUCGUCUCAGAAAUGACUCCUAUCUCGGGGCUAUUCACCGGGAAAAUUUAUUCGUGAGGGCCGGAUUGCAAAAUGUUUUGCAAGUGUUCAUAACGCAAGCGUCGAAUGUAUUUUUCUUAGAGCCUGUGAGUGGUACUGCGUCCGCGACACUUCUUGAGGAACAAACAGAUAGUUGCAAGAGAGUGCUAAACGUAUAUCGAUACGUUGUCAUGCACACAAGACUGGAACCUUCCACUUGGGAGCAGUUGCUCAGGGUAUUGUUGCAAAUAACUUCGCUGGUUCUCAGCGGGAAGAAAAAGAGAAAUCAAGACAGCAUUGGCGGAAAAUUGGCUCCUGCAAUUUUCCAGACUCUUAUAGUCACAUGGAUCAAGGCGAAUUUGAAUGUCGUCAUAUCCUCUCAACUCUGGGACCAGUUUCUUCAGGUUUUAACCUCCUUGACUCAAUGGGAAGAACUGAUUCGAGAAUGGGCGAAAACUUUGGAUACACUGACGAGAGUUCUUGCGAGACAUGUUUACAAUUUAGAUCUGAAUGAUUUACCUUUAGAUAGACUAAGUGAGCAAAAAUCGAAAAAACGUAGGGGUGUUGGAUGUCGUGCAGCAUCCACAGGAAGCGUUCAGCCUCCGAGAAGAGGAAGCGCCGAUCAAGAAUCUCAUCAAUCUUCCAAAGAUUGCACAACAGACCAUCCAUUCAGAGAAUUACGAAAAGUGCGGCCACUGCCACGAAGUGCGAGUGACAACAACCUUUACAUAUUAAAAUCCCGUACAAAACAACGAAUUCGACAUCACAAUGUACCAUCUGAAAUUCCGAUUCUCCCCAUGUCCAUAGAGCAAGACAUGGCCCGUCUAUUAGCAAAUAGUUCUGAUUCGUCGCGUGGAAAAAGAUUGCUCAUCAGACGUGCCAAAUCGUUGGAUAGCGUCAUCAUGGUAGAUAGUGAACCGCCAUCUCCACGUUGUCCUUCUCCUACGCCAAGCAGCGGAGUUGAUAGUAACAAGGAUAGUCCUAUUCAGAUUGAAAAUAUUGAUGGGAGUAGUAUUGAUUGGGGAAGGAGUACAGAGAAAGGAAACUGCUGCCACGGAAUAAGCUCGAAGGAGGGAAGGUCCUGGGCGGCCAAAAUAUUAGACGGAUUCCUGCUUCGCAGGGUAGGCGAGAGUUUGAAUAGUAACGAACAGGUAGUAUUCAGGGCUUCACACCAAUUACAGAGAUCUCCAGUCAGGGAAAAUAAAGCAAAGGGAGUAUCAGAAGAAGUUGCCGAAUCAGUCAAAGAAGGGACAUUGAAGGGGGAACGACAAGCAGAAGAGCUGAAUGAAGAAGGUUUAGUUGAAGUAACAAAUGAAAGCGAACUCGACGGGAACGAAGAGGGCGAAAUCGAGGAAGAGGUGACAGACGGUGUUGGAAACGCGAAACUGUGGUGCCUAUUGAUAACGGGAAUUCUGAAUCAAUGGUGGGACUCAAGAAUGCAAAAGGAAAUUAAUAAAUUUAAAAUACAGAUUGAAGAACUGAAAAGAGAAAUAGACGGAGGAUUAGGAAAAGAAGGCGCUACUUCGGCUCUGAGAAAAGUGAAAGAACGCGAGAGGAAACAAGCCGAAGAGCUGUCAGCUGUGAUAGAAGAAUCAGCGAGAGUACCAAGUUUAGUGACCUCCGUAUCAGCUGAUGAGGACUCACAGAUGACGAAAGAAACUGAUGUGGAAGAUACUUCACGGAUAACAAAGGAUAAGAGUAUAGUAAGAAUCAGAGAGAACUCAAGGAAAAAAAAACUUGGAACGGAUGAGCUGGAGUAUGAACUUGGCGAAAGAAUGAAACGAAGAAACAACAUCAUAGUACGAGGAUUUAGAUCUAGAGGAAGAGAUUUAGGAGAGGAAAUAAGAACAACUUUGCUGGACUUGACGGUAGUUAAUAUUCAGAUCAAAAGUCUUAGAUACAUAGCUGGUGGAGUCUUGAUCAAACUGGAUUCAUGGGGGAAAAAAAGGCGAUUACUGGUCAAUAAGCAUAAACUUGGUGGGACAGAAAUCUUCGUGGACGACGACUUGACGUGCAGAGAGCAGGAGAUCCAAGAGUGGAUACGAAGCAAGAUCGAGGAAGAUGGUACAGUGGAGAAGAAGCCUUUUCAUGGAAAAAGAGAGGAGAGAUGCGGAGUUUCAAGAGUGACUGAAAAACUAAGAGAAGUCCUACAAAAUAUGCAGGAAAAAGGAGAGAGAGUAAUUAUUUUAGGGAACUGGAAUGCGAGGAUAGGAGAGGAGAUAGGUGGUGGCGAAAUGGACACAGAUUUAGCUACGAACUAUCAUAAAAGUAGGGAAUCCGAAGACAAAACUGUAAACGCGGAAGGAACCAAAUUGUUAAAAUUUUGUGAGGAAAUGGGGCUAAUGAUAAUGAAUGGGAGGAUUGGUAAUGAUUGCAAAGGGAAGUGGACGCAUCUCGGAGAGGAUGGGGGUUCGAUUAUCGGCUACAUAAUUGAGUCUGAGGGAAUCGGAUACUCGGACAUAAAUGAUAUCGAGGUGGUAACUAGAAUGGAAUCAGAUCAUUUUCCAGUGACCUUUAAGAUAACUGGGAAGGAGAAAGCGGGGAAAGGAACUAGAGAGAAUAAUAGAAAGAAAAGAGAACGUAGAGAGAGGCCAGAAAUAGAUGGAGAGCGAAUAGGUUAUAGAUUAGUGUUGGAUGAAAGGGGAACUUGUACAAAGCACACAGAGCAAAUAGCAGGAAAAGCCAGAAUUACCGCGAAUGCAGCAUGGGGAGUCUUAAAGAGACCAGGAGUUAAUAGAUUGGGUAAAAGAUUGUAUCUUAUGGACACGUUAGUAAAAGCAGGAGGGAUGUAUGGCGUUGAAAUCUGUGGCUGGGCUAAAAGAGAUUCGAUAGAAAAAAUGCAAGGUAGGUUCGUUAAAAUGGCAAUGGGAGUUGAUAGCACAACUCCAGGUUACAUAUGGAGAAUGGAGGCAGGAAGACAGAGUCUAGAGAUCGAGGCUAGGGCGCGAGCAAGCAAGUACCUUAUACGAAUUUGCGGAAUGGACAAUGAGAGGUGGCCGGAGAUCUGUUUAAAGGAAGAGUUGAGGGGAAUAAAAAAUAGAAACCCCUCGAGUUUGGGCAAUACAUUUGAGAAAGCUUGCAGAGAUGUAGGUGGCGGAAUAACUGCAGAGUUACUUUGGGAAGGAUCUUCGAUAUUAUUCACAUCUCCGAGAGCAGACAACAUUCUUCUCCAUAAGACGACUGCUACAUCUGGUAACCAUCCCCGAACUCCACCUCCUGCCAUAACUGAUCUUUUUUCAGAUGCAUCGUUCAUUCGACUUAAUCAAGGAGUUUCUGGCGACAAUCAGGUAACACCCCCUGCCCCGGAACUAAUUCCACCUCUGACAGUGAUUGCUCCUUGGUGUUUUAAGGCUAUUCAACUGCCACCACAAUAUGAAGUAGGAAAACUGGCAGCUUAUCGACUAAUUUGCCUCUUGACGAUCCAACCUCUUGAUAUCAGUUUACCGAAAUCGCAUUUGACUCUUUUUUAUCGAGCUGUGCACAACGGAAUUUCCAGUAAUGACAUUAAAAUUCUUCACACUCUUGUCAAAUAUACUGGACCCAGAUUAUUCAGUUUAAAUCUCCCUGGAUCGAGUCUUCUUAUUUUGGAUUAUAUCCAAGCUGCAAAUGUCAUUCUCAGCAGUCCAGAGAUCGAGGCGCCAAGGACGGAAGCAGUUUCGAUUCUCGGAUCCUUAUUAUCCUUGCCGAGCACAGCAUCAAAGUUACCAGUUUUGCAACCAGAUAGAACGGACAUUCUAACAACAACCUGUCCCUAUGCAAAUGAUCACAUCGUGGCAAUUUUGAUGAGAUCUUGUAAACGAGAACCAACCGGAAUUGCAAGAUGUAUCGCUCUUUCCAGCAUUGCGAUGUUCGUCUACCGAGAACUUUCUUAUAAAUCUCAAAAUCGAACUGUUCCAGAAGCGAUUAUGGUUCUUCUUCUUGCACUUAGAGCAACUCACGCAACAGUGUCUCAAGUGGCUUGCGAUUGUCUUCUUCUACUUUGCGAUAAAACGGACACUUUACUCGAAUUUUAUCCGAAUAUGCCAGAAAAAAUAAUCCAGAAUUUAUCGGAAACUUUGGGCCAAACUACGAUGCCAGAAAGACGGAGUGCAUUGACAAUUUCGAUGCUCUUCUGUUUGGGUGAAUGGGCCAUGCAUCUUGGCCCAACUGUUCUACAGCGUGUUUACCAAGGAAAACCUCUUCUUCUGACACUGUUUACAGUUUUGGAUAACAUAAUUCAAAACAAGGCUGGAAAGAAUCUACAAGAUAGCAAAAUUCAACCAGAGUUUGAGGAUUUCGAUCCUGAUAUUGCCCUGGACAAUUUGUCGUAUGAAUCUCAUUCUAAAUCACCACGAAGAGGAAAUAUCCAAUCUGUACAACUGGCAGCGAAAAUGGUAAUGAUGCAUCUGGUGAAUCAUCUUGGCCACUUUCCAAUGGGAAUCGGAGCCGCACGUUUGUCAUCUUUAGUCGUAGAACUGGAUGAUGUCCCAGGAAUAGACAGCGACGAACUUUCAUCUGCAGUUUUCCACGCACCCAACAUUCAAAUGUUAAUGCUAUCCAGCUCUAUAAUAAUGUCUCUGAUCGAAUUAGAAACCCUGGAUGCACCAGGAGGUGGUGUCACCGCAGGAUUGACGACAGCCCCUUGCAUGGUGAGAGUUUUACUCCGGGACUUAACAGGAAAAGCUUCUUGGGACAGUUCCAUUCUGUACAAUCAGCCCACGAAUGACGAGGAUAUCAGAAUGCCUGGCGUCAAAGCAGUUGACUGGGGAUUUAAAAUGGAAAAAGAGGAAUUAACAAGUGUGCUACCAUUGAUGAGUUGUCCUCCUAGACAUACAAUGAGACAUCGAGAACCUCAUAUUCUGCCGACCUUCGCAAAUGCAGCGAGUGAUAUGGAUAAUUUAGACGACUUGCUUCAGUAUAUUGGAUACACUAGCCCGGAAGUAUUAACAAAUCCGGAAGUAACUUUGAACGCGCCGGCUAAUUCUCCUCAGGCUCAUCAUCUCGAAAGUGAAACAAUUGCUACUAUUCUCAACCAACGAAAUGCUGAACGGGAACAUAUUAACAACUGGAGUCAACAUAUCAGCAUGUGCGCUUCUUCCGUGAAUCCGCCAGUGUGCCGACUGCCUCCAGCUCCUUUUCAUCACUGCCGCCUCUUAUUUUCUCACCUGGGCCUGUCUGGCUGGGAACAGAGAAGGAGACUCCACAUUCUCGCCAAGAACGAAAAGCUCCUUCGGGAAUUGCGUAACCUGGACAGUCAGCGAUCGAGGGAGACUCACAAGAUGGCAGUAAUUUACGUCAGCCAUGGCCAGGAAGAUAAGAAUUCCAUACUGAGCAAUGUCACUGCCAGCAAAGAGUACGAGAACUUCGUAGCAAGAUUGGCUUGGGAGGUGGAGCUCGAAUCCCACACGGGUUUUCUCGGAGGACUUGUUCCUGGCAAGGCUUCCGGAGUUACAGCCCCCUAUUUUUCCACAUCAUUCUCUGAAGUGCUUUUCCAUGUAGCCACGAGAAUGCCCUCCGACAGCCCGGAAAGCCUUUUGCAAAAGACGAGGCAUCUUGGCAAUGACGAAAUCCACAUAGUCUGGUCAGAACAUUGGCGAGACUAUCGUCGUGAUAUAAUUCCAACAGAAUUCUGCGACGUUUUGAUAGUUAUCUACCCACUGCCUAAUGCUUUAUACAGAAUUCAGAUAUCCAGAAAAUCGGAAGUUCCUUUCUUCGGGCCCCUUUUUGACGAGUGUAUUGUCGAAGACAACGUUCUGCCUGGUUUAGUGAGAACAACAGCUUUGGCAGCAAGCAGAGCUAAGAGAUCCACUCUUAGUCUUUACCAACACUACUACGAAGAAAGGUCACGAUCGAUUGAGACAGUCACGAGAAAUCACAAAGAAGCGAUGACUUUUGAAGAAUUUGCAGCGAAUGUUUAUUCUCCUAUUCAGCCUCAAAGUCCUUUCAGUGGAGCUUCUUCCGUAUCAGGAUCUACGAUGAGUGUGCAGUCGACAGCCUCUUCGAACCUGGCAGCAGCGUUGAUAGAUUCAAAUCAGGGCAGAUCAGGUCUGCGAAGCAGUUCGACAGCUAGCAGUGAUAAUCGCGCCAACAGAGUUUCGGACGGAAGUCGCGUUUGGUUUAGCAGCGAUACUCAAGAAAGCACCCUCCAUGGCAUUUCUCCAAGACCAGUCAAGAAAAUGUCUUUUAAAAGUGGGCCAAAAUUACGAGGAACUUCUCAACCCACGCCACCUGACAGUCCUCGAUACACAUGAAGAAGAUUUCCAACGAGAAAAUUAAAGAGCUCUAUGGCUGUACUUUAAAUUUACAGUUUCUUAUAUCAAAGCAACUAACAAAUUUUUCAAGCUCUCGUGCCAGAAUCUAAACGCUGAGCACAAUGCAAGUGACAGAAAACUUGUUUUUUGUCCUCGCCAUUCUAAUCGGUUAUCAAAUUUCCGAUGAGCACUAGACUUUUUUUUCUCCGUCCUUAGGUUUACAUUUGUAUUGUAUUAUCUCUGUACAGAAGGUCCUCGACCGUUUGUAUCAUGACAAUUAAGUUAUUUGGAUUUUAGGAUUGUAGGAUGAAAACACGAUAGGGAAGUUUCACGAGCACUGAUUAUUAUUGCACGUUAUCAAAAUUUGAAUUUCUCGAAUUCAACACUUUCGUGAAGUUUCCAAUUUUAAUUCGACAUACGUUCCAAGUUGCGUUUUCUCUUCUGGGAACAGUCUGAAACACCAAGUUAUUUAAAACGACUUUUAUCAAAAUAAAAAAAAAACAGGGCUAGGUUAAUUAAUUGAUGAAUUUUUAUAACUAUCAAAAAUAACGUUAACAAUUUUAAUCUAUUUUUCGCUUCGUUCGCUGUAACAAAUGUAGUGAAGAUGCCAAGCGUUAGAGAUUGUACAUUCCAGAAAACUAUUUCGCCUGCUGUAUUUAUUUACUAUUAGAGAAAAUACAAGUCGAAGUUUGUACUCUGAUUGUAUUAAUUCCAUAUUUGAAGACUACUUAGCAUUUUUGAUACUAAUGGGAUAAGUAGUUGAAGAAGAAAGCGAAUUUUCGGUCAGAAAGAAAAGUGAAAAUUCCGUAGAUCGAAGGAAUUGAAGGUGAUUCCAAACUCGAAAUCGCGCGUUCUCAUUUUCACGCAUUUCAUCGACUGACUCAAUUCAAAAAGGUAGCAAGUAUUAGCGAUGAUAGGUAAUGUUCAGAUUGCAAAUCAUGGCCAAAGCAGCAUUAUUUUUUCACUAAUUUUUAGUCAAUCGUGAGAAUCAUUGUACGUACUGUAAAUAAGACGAGAGAUAUCGUUCAAUGAGCAUAAUCGAGACUGACACACGACGUCUCAAAUAUUGAAAACAUUUAUUUUUCAUAUAAAUAUUUAUCUACCGAGAUUUUUUACCCGAAGCAGCAGAGAUUUCAUUGUUAGCUUCCAAAAUGUGCCUCUUGUAAAAUUAUCGAGGUUUAAUUAACAGGAUGGCCACUGGACCGAGAAAUGAUUGGCAAUUUAAUAUUUUAUUUCGACUCUUUUCUUUUUGUAAGUUUAUUUCUUGAAUUUGAAAAAGAGUGAACCGUAUAAGCAAUGGGAUCGAUGAUAAUUAAAAUUUUUUAUAAAAAACUCUAUUGUAAAUAUAAUAUUUAAUUAAACAGGUGUAUUUUUAACCGAAAAGUCUACCAAAACCGAUUAAUUUUAA